GGGCAAACCAAAAAAAAAAAAAAAGCGAAGGAAGGAAGAGAAGAAAAAAGGGUAAUGGGCAUGUGACUGAUCACGGCUUUGCCUCCACCGCAUAACACGAAUCAAAAAGCUCCCUUCACAGAUAGAUUACACUCUCUUUCUCUCUCUCCCGGCGUUUAAUUUUCUAAUUUCACAACCGUGCUCCGCCGCCGUCUCCGCCGUGGGGACUUAUAUCGCCGCCUAUUUCACGACCUGCCGCCACCGCCGGCGAUAGGUUUAAUGUUGAAUUAAGGCGUUGUCGAGAGAGAGAGAGAGAGGAAGGGAUUGCGAUCUGUCGAUUUUUUAUCUCAAAUGCUAGCGAAGAAUCGGCUGCCGGGAAGCGGCCACACUACUCCGUCUCCUCCGGCGUCUCCUCGCCGGUCUCCUCGUUACCGUCACGGUCGGUCUAAAACCGCCGCCGGUAGUAGAUUUCCUACGGUUCAACCAAGUCGGACCCUCGCUCAUCGCCUCUCUUGGAUCCUCUUAUCGGUUCUUCUCCGUCGUCAGGGAAUAUUCCUAUUCGCUCCUCUAAUCUAUAUCUCUUGUAUGCUCCUUUACAUGGGAACGGUCUCGUUCGAUGUUGUUCCAAUCAUCCAGCGUCGACCUCCGCCAGGAUCCGUUUACAAAAGCCCUCAGGUUUACGCCAAGCUCCGCCCUGAGAUGGACGCCGAUAAUUCCACCGCUGAUGCCAUAACAACCAUUUGGAAACAUUCCUAUAAAGGUGGUGAAUGGAAGCCCUACGUGAACAAGUCUACUGGAGACUUGCCCGAGUCAAACGGUUUCAUAUAUGUCGAGGCAAACGGAGGCUUGAAUCAGCAGCGGACAUCGAUAUGCAAUGCGGUUGCUGUGGCAGGCUAUCUUAAUGCAACUCUAGUAAUUCCCAACUUUCACUAUCACAGCAUAUGGAGAGAUCCAAGUAAAUUUGGGGACAUCUACGAUGAAGAGUUCUUUGUCAGUACCUUAGCAAAUGAUGUGCGGGUAGUUGAUACAAUUCCUGAAUAUCUAAUGGAGCGUUUUGACUACAACAUGACAAAUGUCUAUAACUUCAGAGUUAAAGCAUGGUCACCUAUUCAAUAUUAUCGAGACUCGAUCUUGCCGAAGCUGCUUGAGGAGAAGAUUAUACGAAUAUCUCCAUUUGCAAAUAGACUUUCUUUUGAUGCUCCGCAAGCUGUUCAGAGACUUAGAUGUUUGGCGAAUUAUGAAGCCCUGAAGUUUUCGAAACCCAUACUAACCCUAGGGGAAACACUGGUGAAGAGAAUGAAAGAGCAAAGUGCAAACCACGGCGCAAAAUACGUUUCUGUACAUCUGCGUUUUGAAGAGGACAUGGUAGCUUUCUCUUGUUGCAUAUUUGAUGGUGGGAACCAAGAAAAACAAGAUAUGAUUGCAGCAAGAGAACGAGGAUGGAAAGGAAAGUUCACAAAACCAGGUCGCGUUAUACGACCUGGUGCUAUCAGGCAAAACGGAAAAUGCCCUUUGACUCCUUUAGAGGUAGGUUUAAUGCUUAGAGGAAUGGGGUUCAACAAAAGCACAUAUAUUUACCUUGCGUCUGGUGACAUAUAUGAUGCGAAUCGAACUAUGGCCCCGUUACUAGAGAUUCCCAAUUUACAAACUAAGGAGAUGCUUGCAUCACAGGAGGAACUUGCUCCAUAUAAGAACUUCUCUUCCAGAAUGGCUGCAAUAGAUUACACGGUCUGUCUCCACAGUGAGGUAUUUGUGACCACACAAGGUGGAAACUUUCCUCAUUUCCUCAUGGGUCAUCGGAGAUAUUUGUUUGGAGGACAUUCCAAGACCAUUAGACCGGACAAGCGAAAGUUAGCAAUCCUCUUUGACAAUCCCAACAUCGGAUGGCGGAGUUUUAAACGUCAGAUGCUAAACAUGAGGUCUCAUAGUGACUCAAAGGGGUUUGAGCUAAAACGACCUAAUGACUCCAUUUACACAUUCCCUUGCCCUGACUGCAUGUCUCGUAGGAACAAAACAACAACCCCAGAUUCCAGACCUUCUCCUGUCACCUGAAACACACACAUUUGAUUACCGGCCUUCCAGAAUCCGCUUCUACAGGCUAUGUUCAUUCCUUGUAAUUCUAAUUCUUUCAAACCAGACAGGACUUAGUAACUCGGCCUGCCCAGAAUUUUAGGGAGACAGCGUUUGAAGGGGCUGCAGAAUCGUCUAUUUAUCUCCAGGGAGGUUAGCCAAGGAGUAACAGCCACAACAUUGUUUGAUACUUUUGACACAUUGAAGCUGAUGUAUCUAACAGGAGAGACAACAUUGAAGUUUUAACAGAAUAGGGCAGCGUUUGGAUUUUGGUGUUUUUAUGCUGGGGGUGUUUUGCGGUUUGGAGCGUUUGCGUUUUGUACAUUUUGUAAACGCAGACGUCAAGAGUCUUUGUGUUAGGAGAUAUGUAGAGAGACGGACAAGGGAUAUAGGAAGCUGCCCGAAAAGUUUUGUACAUUUGAUUUGGUUAGAGAUCAUUGUGUCUUCUUUUCAUUUCUUUUUUUGUUCAUUUAAAUUCUUUGUUUUGAUUGUUUCACAUCAUAUUCUUAUGAUUCUUUCCAGGUGAAUCUUUGUGUUUCUUCAGAAAGUAAUUUGAUUCAUUUUUUGCUU